UUAAAACAUCGCAAGAGAAGAAAGACAUUUUGAAAGGGAAAGCAAUGAAAAUAUUCGGUUUACAGCUGAUCAUGAGAUGACAAGGACUGUAAAGCCGGUUCAAUUCGGAAAUUUUUUCCUCAGUAGUCCGUAAACAAUAUUUAAGUGUGGUUAAACGGCUAUAAGCUAUGGAUUCAGGAAUCGAAACAAACGAUAGUAUGAAUGACAACGAUAAAGUGUUAAAGCAGCCUGCAGUUUAUAGAGGAGCUGUGGAUCGAUCAUCGGUGAAGAAAUCAAGAACAGCUAAAGACAUCCCAUUACCGGAAGUACCAAAAGUCAUUGACAACGGAAAUGGGAAACGCUACUUUCGCGGAAGAUUGCUCGGCAAGGGUGGAUUCGCUCGUGUUUAUGAAGUCACUGAUAUGUCAACAAACAAGGUGUAUGCCCUAAAAGCCGUGCCAAAGGCUAAACUUACAAGGUCCGCUGACAAAUAUAACAAAAUAGAAACGGAAAUUGAACUUCACAAGAGUCUCAGGCAGAGACACGUUGUUGGCUUUCAUGGACAUUUUGAAGGUGAUCAACAUGUGUACAUACUGCUGGAGCUUUGUAGCCGAAAGUCUUUGGUGCAGACACUCAAAAACCGUGGAAAAUUAACAGAACCUGAGGUGCGAUAUCUAAUGUAUCAAGCCGUGCAGGCAUGUUCAUAUUUGCACGCCCAACGGGUCAUACAUCGUGACAUCAAAGUCGGUAACUUCUUUCUCAAUGCUGACAUGGAACUGAGGCUGGGAGAUUUUGGCCUGGCAGUGAGACUGAAGGAAGGAGAGAAUAAAAUAAAAACAAUGUGCGGUACACCAAACUACAUCGCCCCUGAAGUUUUGUCCAAAGAGGGGCACAGCUACGAGGUGGACACUUGGGCUUUGGGUUGCGUUAUGUACACGUUGUUGAUUGGACAUCCCCCCUUUGAAACGAAGUCUCUCAAGGAAACCUACAGCCGAAUACGGAACAACGAAUACACGAUUCCGCCUCGUAUCUCCGACAGCGCCGCGAAGCUCAUUCGGAAAAUGCUUCAAGCGAACCCGGCUAACAGGCCCUCCCUUAACGACAUUCUGUCUGACGAAUUUUUCAAAAAGGGAUUUUUUCCCAACAGACUUCCCGCAUCAGUAGUAACAACUUCUCCAAGAUGGUCUGAAUACGAAAGAACAAGGGAGUCUAAUCAGAAUAUAUCAAAAGAUGCCAUCAAGAAAAUAACAUUGACUUUAUCGCGCCAAAUGAAACUUUCUACGGACGAGAAAGAAGAGUCGCUUGAAAAAGAUUUAACAGAAAUGGAAAGAAAAGGAGAAAAAUGCAGUGUAUCUUCUAGUAGUGAAAAAGACAGUGAGUUAAGUGGAAAUUAUGGAACUAGCUGUGCUCGAGACACUGGACAAGAAGGGCAGGGAAGGCCAACAUACUUUCCCCCCGAGGAUUUGAUGUCCAAACUUUCUAGCUGCCUGGAAUGUCUCGAAGAACGUCCGCAAAAGACUCUGGCUGGAAAAUCUUCAGGACCCUGUGCGAAAAAGGCCCCUCCUAACUUAUUAGAGAAUGUGCGAAAAUCAGGGGGGAUUCUACCUUCUGAUGCUCCUAAGUCCUUGCUGGUUACCAAGUGGGUAGAUUACAGUAACAAGUAUGGAUUCGGAGCCCAGAUGUCAGAUGGAGGUGUAACUGUUCGGUUCAACGACUGUAGUAAGAUAGCGAUCUCUCCCAAUAAAAGUUUUGUACACUAUUGUGACCAAGCAAACAAUAUACGUCAGUUCCGGUCCACCGCGGUGCCGACGAACUUACAGGCAAAGUUUAUGCUGCUCACUUUCUUUGCGAACUACAUGGAAAAACAUCUCUUAAAGGGAGGUGAUUCAAAGGCCCUCACAUCCACUGACCAACCGAGCUUUCCGUUUGUUGACAUCUGGUUUCGCACUGAUAUUACCAUGGUGAUGUAUCUUAGCAACGGAACUCUACAGGUGAAUUUUUUCAAUGAUCACACAAAAAUCGUUCUUAUUCCUGGACCUAGGGACGUGUUAGUGAUUUACAUCGACAGGCAGCGAGAGGGGACAACUUAUGUUAUGUCUGAUAUUAACAUGCAAGGAUGUGCUUCAGAAUUGAUAGAAAGACUUCGUUAUUGCAAAAGAGUGCUCAAAAAAGUCUGCGAUUUAGUAGAGGAGGAAAACAACCCUUGACACUCCUCUAAGAAACCUUAGGACGCUUUCGAUCAGUUGAAACAGUGUUGGAUAACAUUUAGAACCGAUGCAUCAUAGAUUCUUUAUAAUUAUUUGCUACGAAGAUAAUAGUUCAAAACCUUUAGAGAGAGUAUAAUUUAAAACAGUAAAUUUGUAUGUACACAACAUGGAUGGGAAACUGCAAGAGCGUCUGCAACAAAAUUGGCUAGUGCUUAAUUUAGGGUAACUCGAAAACGAGCUACCAUGCAUCAAAAGACUUUAGUAGCAAGAGCGAAACAUAAGUUUUAAUUUGCUGGUUAAAAAGAAGAAAUAAAAGAGGGAAGUGUUUAUUACUGCA